UUAAGGUGAUUAAUUAUGACUUGCCAAAUGAUCAUGUGAUUUAUGUACAUUGUAUUAUCCAUACUGGUUAUCUUCAUGGAGCUGAAACGACAUCAUUCAUUAAUCUGGCUGAACAGAAUUCAGCUUUGAUUGCUGAUAUUGUUCAGGUGGUUCAAGAAGUGGAACAAAUAUCAUCUGAUUUUCUUCUUGAUUUUGCUAACGAUCGUAUUGGACGAGCUGGUUACAGCUCGUAUGGGAAGAUCUGAUGUAGAAUGGUUUUAUUCGUAGAUUCAAAAGAGGAUUUUCAAGGAUUGGAUGUAUGGAUUCUUGUUUUUAUUUUGAUCAAAAUUUUCGAAAUCUUAUGUCUUAUUUGUAGAAACUAGGUAAAUCGUUAUUCAGGUCGG